AUGAACCAGCAGACGCCCCUCUCCUCCUUCCUGCCCUCCUAUGACCCUCCGCUGUAUCUCAUAUCCACCAUCCCGCCUGCCUGCAUCCCCACUAGUAUGUCCAACGCCCUCGAGCGCAUCACCUUCGGUCCCAGGCAUUUCUACGACAAGGAGAGGGAGGCGGAAGCUACCGAUCUCAGCCAGGUCGAUCGACACGCAUCUCUCGACAUGGGAGGUCCGGCGGAUCGAACCACCGACGAACAUGAAGUGACGAGCGAUCCGUUGACGACGCGCAAGCGGGCUGCCGAGGCGGGUCCAUUGACUUCUCGUACUUCCCCAACAAAGCGGCUCAAGGUCAAGAAAUCGUCUCCACAAAAGAAAUCGUCUCCACAAAAGAAAUCGUCUCCACAAAAGAAAAAGCUCGACGCCUCGGCUAAACGGACCGACUCGAGCAGUCAACGCAAGCCCGAUUCGGGUACCGCCCUGCGCUUUUGGCAGAUCCUCAAACAUUUUACAUUUCGAUACGAUUCCGAGGUUGUCCCUCGACUGGUCCGAGGCCUGAUAACGGUCGUCAGCGACCUUACUGCUUUAAAUUUGGACGAAUCGCAGGCGCUCAACGAGCUCGUUCAGUUCCUCUUUCAACUCGAAAACAGGCACUCGGUCUUCCUUCCCGAGCCAUUGAGGCAAUUCGAGCGGGGCGACCACUCAUACGAUUUUGACACUUAUGAGCGCCGGGACAAGAAGGAGGGGAGCGAUGUCGUUUGGCUGGUAGGCUAUGGCGGGAAGGAAGAAGGGUCGACAGCGUUGGCGUUCUCGGGUGAAUGUCAAGCGGCCAACAUUUACGCCAAACACCUCUCUCGUCUCGCGGCCAAUGACUCGUCGAUUUCGUCUCAGCUAGAGAGUUGUAUCUAUCAGUACGCCCCGCCGGUGAAAUCUGGCGUCCUGGACCUCGCUGCUCGGCCUGAUCGGGACUCGGACGCGAAGAAGGGGCAGUACCAAGUGACCAUCUCGACCAAGCUCGGCAUCGAACACAAGUUCCACAUAACGCUGAGGGACCUGUUCGUGCUCUUCUACGUCCUGUUGCGCAAGGAUAUCAAGAUCAAGGUCGACCCCUCGACCGGCACGUCCGUUGAAGGAUCGGAAGCAAAGAAAAUGUUGUCCACUGCUCUCAUCAACAUUCUCGCUCAGUUGGCACAAGACUUCCACGUCAACCGAUGCGAAUAUAUCAACUUGGCCGUCCACGACUUCAGCGUCACUUUCCAGCUCAUGGGCCGCAACAUCGCUCACGUCUCGCGCAUCGUCUUCCGCGAUCCCGCCACUGCCAGGCGGGACAUCCUCCCCCGGGACGAGCUCACCAAAAUCUUGUCCGGUAUACAACCCGAGACGGAUAGGGACGCGGCUGUCCGGAUGCUGUUGGAGCUCGAGCCUUGGGAGACGGUCGCGAAGCAUAGCCUCUUUGCUGUGCUUGUGGCCGGUCUGGUUUUGCCGGUUGGCGAGGACACUAAGUCAAUGUGGAUAGAUGGAGAUAAAGAGGGUUUGGGUGAGCCGCUGGACACGAGUGCGACUGGCCCCACCAGCGAGGUUCCAACACCACAAGGCUGGACGGCGGGUUCGUCGACGACGACGACCACGACUGAUACGCCUCAGUCUGGUUCUACGGCUACCGGUGGCACAGCCUUCAAGAUGUUCCCCUGUCCGGCCGUUGCUGCAGAUUUGCAUUGUCUCCAGGGCAUCGACACGACCCAUCAUCAGUCCAUGUACCGCUUGCCGUAUUUCCGCUGGGUAGAAGAUCCAACAUUUUGCGUCCAGGUGUCUCGGGGCAAGACCCGCUUGUCGGAUGUCAGCGAUAACUCGGCUUCUUCCGGCUCUCAGUCCACCCCUUCUCUCACGACCGACGAGUCGGGCACACCGCCUUCAUCUCCCGUUGGUCCCACCUCUCCUACGACAGCCACGUCCGUGGGCUCCGUCGUCUCUACCACGGGAGACGAGAAAUCAAUCAGGCGGGAGCCCGAGGACUUGAACGAGGAAGACUUGAACGAGCUACUGCGCAAGACCGACCAUCAGACCGUUCUGUCCCUCUUGUCACGCCCAGACUUGUCGGUCGAACUGCACGAGUACCUAGGUUCCGGGAGAUUAUGGGAUGCCUACCGCGUCAAACUCUCCUCUGGCUCGACACCGUCACCGCCACAGAUCGUCGUGGCAAAGAUCUGUAAUCUGUACACUUUCACGCUGGGCGACGGGUACGAAUACGAGACCCCCUCGGCGGCGGCCGACGCAAUCAAGACUGAGCUCGACUUGUUGAACCACUUACAAGCGGUCCAGGGGGAGAUCGUCCCCCGAUUGUACGGACGAUGGACGGGCAGGUGUCAGUUGCCCAGUGGCGGGACGGUGCGCUUGGAUUGUGUCAUGUUGGAAGACUGUGGGAGGGCCAUCGUCCCGUCUCACAAACUUGAAACCUGGUUAUACGAUGGCGACGAGGUGGAGAGGUUCCCGACCAAUUUGUCAUCCGAUGUCCGACAGCAGAUCAUAGAAAGCUAUGAGAGGCUACACAAACAAGGGAUCUUGCACGUCGACGUCAACGCCCGACAUAUCCUUCUUCAUCCGGUUGAUAAGAAACCACGAAUCAUCGAUUUCGAGGGCGCGAUAUCUAUCUCCGAGGCCCAAGCAACGAACCAAGACUAUGACGCGGAGCAAGAGAUGGAGAGGGUUCGGUGGUUGGUCCGCGCGGACGAGGAGUAUUGA